AAGUAUUGAAGCACAAAUAACAAUCGCAGGAGAGGGAAAGAGAGAGAGGGCGUGGUUCUUAUGCAACAACAAGAUUAGUAUACAAGCGCAAAUAACAUUGGCAGGAAGGAGAGAGACAGAGAGGGAGAGAGAGAGAGAGUUGGGUGGGGCGUCACCUUCACCUGACACUCUCAGGUUGAAGGUGCAACCCCACCAUGAAUGAUCUGCAGAUUUCAUUAAUUGAGAAUUAAGUCGUAAUUUUUCUUCCUUCUCUCCGUUUUAUCCACCCAAUGCUGUAGCUUGCACUGCAAAAUUUCGUGCAUUUAUGAGGAUGGGUACAUAUAGUUGAGGGAGGGAAGAAGGGAAGAGAAGAAGACAGGAAAAAGUCUUACGAGGAAGGAGAAUGGAAGGAUGGUUGUAUCUCGUUCGUUCCAGCAGAUUCGGGCUGCAAUCUUCAAGGAAGCGCUACUUUGUUCUCGAGGAAAACAGCCUUCAUUGCUUCAAAUGUCUCCCCUUCUCCAGAACAGAGGAUCCUAUAAAAAGCACGCUGAUUGAUUCCUGUAUUCGAGUGGCAGAUAACGGGAGAGAAAGCAUCCACAGGAAAGUACUCUUCAUAUUUACUCUGUACAAUUCUUCAGAUCACAGUGACCAACUUAAGCUGGGAGCUCGGAGUUCAGAAGAAGCAGCCAAAUGGAUGCAUUCAUUCAAAGAAGCAGCACUAAAGGAGUGUCUGAAUCGAAGAGAAAAUCUUCUGGUUUUUUCCAGGCAAAAGCACCGAUAUUUCAGGUUGAGUCGCAGGAGGGGAAUCGGCCAUAUGAACUCUUUGGGUCUGGAUUGGACUGAUUGUUCAUCAGUGCAUGCUGAGCCAGUUACAGCAGAUGUCGUCGCACCAUAUUCAUGGGAAAUUUUUGGUUGUCGAAAUGGUUUACGGUUAUUCAAGGAGGCUAAUGGCAACUUUCGAAGAAAGAAUUAUGAUGAUCAUCCAGCAAUAAUGGCUGUGGGAAUGGUUGAUGCAACUUCGGAGGCAGUCUUUCAGACAGUCAUGACAAUUGGUGCAUCAAGAUCAGAAUGGGACUUCUGUGUCUCCCGAGCAACAAUAGUUGAGCACCUUGAUGGCCACACUGACAUAAUUCAGGAACAGAUAAAGAAGGACUGGUUGCCAUGGGGAAUGAAGCCUCGAGAACUCUUGAUGCGUCGAUACUGGAGGAGAGAGGAUGAUGGAACAUAUGUAAUCCUGUUUCACUCUGUAAUUCACAAGAAAUGUUCACCUCAGAAGGGCUAUGUCCGUGCUUGUCUUAAAGGCGGAGGCUAUGUAAUAUCUCCAUUAAAUCAAGGAAAACAAUCAGUCGUAAAGCACAUGCUCUCAAUUAACUGGAAAUAUUGGAAAUCAUCCAUGUUUAAAUCUUGUGAAAUAUAUCUAACUAUCAGAAUGACAGAACGAGUUGCAGCUCUGAGAGAAAUGUUUAGGGCCAAGUUUGGAAGUUAUCCAUGUGUUGAUUGUUCACGAGGUGAGUUGACGAGAUGUGGAGCAUCGCCAGAGUGUGACAAGGAGGACAUAAAAGUUGAGCUGCAAUCUACUGUUGAAAACGGGCAUACUGAGGAUCCACCAGCAGAAGUACCAGAAGAAGAACCUUAUAUUAAACCGUCCAAUUCGACCACACCUUUCCUUCAACUGAGCAAUGCAUCAGAUGAAUUCUUUGAUGUCCCUGAGCAGUCAGAGUAUGAAUAUUUUGACCUGGACUCAGAUCAAUUUAUGUCAGAGUGUUCAGAAGAUACAUGGUUUCCUGAUGCUGCAAAUGGGAAACAGACCCAGGUGCAAGAACGAAGUCAACAGAAGAUGUCAACUGCUGCAAUUUUCGUGAAAAAAUUGCAAAAUCUGGCAGUUCAGCGAAAAAUACACAGAGACUUGAGAGAAGUAACACUUGAAGAAGGUUUAUCCUGUUCAUCCUGCUUGUAUGGAAGCACACUUCCAAAAGAUCCAACUUGUUCCACGCCAUGCAGCUGGACAAUCCCAGACCCUUCAACAUUUCUUAUCCGAGGGAAGAAUUACCUGCAAGACUGGAAAAAGGUCAAAGCAAGUGGCACUUUAAUGCAAUUGGUCGGUGUGGAUUGGCUGAAGUCCGAUAGGCGAGAAGAUGAUCUUGGUGGCCGUCCUAGCAGUCUUGUUCAGAAAUAUGCUGCAGGAUUUGGUAGCGAGUUCUUUUUCAUUAUUAAUUUUCAGAUCCCUGGAUCUGUCACGUAUAACAUUGCACUAUAUUACAUGAUGGAGUCACCUCUGGGGAGAAACCCACUGCUAGAACGCUUUGUAAAUGGAGAUGAUGCUUUCAGGAAUUCCAGAUUCAAACUAAUUCCUUUCAUUUCGAAGGGUUCUUGGAUAGUGAGACAAACUGUCGGCAGAAAAGCGUGUCUACUCGCUACAGGACUGGAAAUAAAUUAUUUUCGCGGGAAGAACUACCUGGAGAUUGCAGUCCAUAUUGGCUCAUCAAGUGUGGCCACAGGCAUCACGGGGUUGGUUCUUCGGUACCUGAACACUCUCGUUAUUGAGUUGGCCUUUUUAAUACAGGCAAACACUGAAGAAGAACUCCCGGAGUUUCUUCUGGGGACAUGCCAGCUCAAUCAUUUGGACAUCGCUAAAGCAGUGAACGCAAGGCCGUGAAUGUCUUCUUACAGAGACCAUUGGAUACUGCUGUCUCGUAAAGAUGGGAAAGCAGAACAACUCUAUCUGCAAAGCUACUCGCAGAUUCAGUCUUUUCAAGGACGUGCUAAAAUCUUGAAGGUGGUAAAUUUUGACCAUGAUCAUGGUUGUGAUGUAUGUUAAUGAAAAGGCCCGGAAAAUGUGUAAUUUGUAACGAAGAAAUACACAGAGUGGACUAAGCAGUCCUUUUAUUGA